UCACAAUUCACCACCUCUGCAUCCCUUCACUCGCCAUUCCACCCCGCGACGAAGACAAAUUCUUCGUCCCUCAGAAACCCUAGCUAAACCCACUUUCCUGUAACCCACCGCCGCCAUGGGUAAAGUGAAGGGAAAGCAUCGUUUGGACAAGUACUACCAUCUCGCCAAGGAGCACGGAUACCGGUCCCGUGCCUCCUGGAAGCUGGUCCAGCUCGAUUCCAAGUUCAAGUUCCUCAACUCCUCCCGCGCCGUCCUCGAUCUCUGCGCCGCCCCCGGAGGAUGGAUGCAGGUCGCCGUCGAGAGGGUCCCCGUGGGUAGCCUCGUUCUCGGAAUCGAUUUGGUGACAAUCGCUCCCCUGCGUGGCGCCAUAUCCUUCGAGCAGGAUAUCACGAAGUCCGAGUGCAGGAGCAAGAUUAAGAAGAUUAUGGGCGAUAAUGGGGUUAAGGCUUUCGACUUGGUUUUGCACGAUGGUUCGCCGAACGUCGGUGGUGCGUGGGCGCAGGAGGCGAUGUCUCAGAAUGCUCUGGUUAUCGAUGCUGUGAAAUUGGCUACUCAGUUCCUGGCUCCCAAAGGGAAUUUCGUCACUAAAGUGGUUUUCAGGUCACAAGAUUACAGUUCUGUUAUCUACUGCUUAAACCAGUUAUUUGAAAAGGUUGAGGUGGACAAACCAUUAGCCAGUCGUUCAGCAUCUGCAGAAAUCUUUGUGUUGGGACUCAAAUACAAAGCUCCUGCAAAGAUCGAUCCUCGUCUACUUGAUUUUAAGCAUCUGUUCCAGUCCACAGAACCUGCAAGGAAGGUGCUAGAUCCCCUGAGAGGAACAAAGCAAAAGCGCCAUCGUGAUGGGUAUGAAGAAGGACAAGCUAUGGUGCGGAAAGUAUCUUCAGCUGCUGAUUUUAUCUGGUCUGCCACACCUCUUGAUGUCCUUGGUUCAGUUACUUCAAUUACAUUUGAGGACCCAGAUUCUUUAUGCAUAAAGGAGCUGGAGUUAACAACAGAGGAGGUCAAAUCUCUUUGUGAUGAUCUUCGUGUUUUAGGAAAGCAAGACUUCAAGCAUCUAUUGAAGUGGCGAAUGCAGAUACGAAAAGCUCUGUCCCCUUCUGUAGAAGCUAUUCCUGCUGUUGCUGAGAGUGAAGAAAAGAAAGAGGUUGAUGAAGAUGAUAGGUUGCUUAAUGAAAUGGAGGAGUUGACAGAUGCUAUGGAGAGGAAGAAGAAACGUGAGAAGAAAAUUCUUGCUAAAAGAAGGGCUAAGGACAAGGCUCGGAAGGCAAUAGGAAUGACAAUGGAUGUACUUGAAGAUGGCUAUAACGAUAUUGAGUUAUUUUCUCUUUCUUCUAUAAAGGGAAAGAAAGAUUUGGUUGCUGUUGAUACUGCUGAGAAUGGUGACGCAAAUGGUGACUUGAAAGAUAGUGACAAUGAGGAAAUCCGUGAGGACGAGUCAUCCACUGAUUCAGAUUCUGAUGAAGAGCGCAGAAAGUAUGAUGCAAGAAUGGAAGAUAUUCUUGACCAGGUCUAUGAACGGUUUGUAACCAAAAAGGAAGGAAGUACAAAGCAGAGAAAACGUGCAAGGCAAGCCUACUCCGAGCAACUUUUGGAGGAUGAGGAGAAUAAUGAUAUGGAUCAAUCAGAUUACGAUUCAGACAAGGAGCUACCGGAUCGUGAAGCAAAUCCUCUCAUGGUCCCACUUAAUGAUGGGGAAGAACCCACUAAAGAAGAUAUUGCAAACAGGUGGUUCGCUCAGGACAUAUUUGCCAAAGCCGUGGAGGAGGGAGAUUUGGGUACCAUGCCUGAAGAUGAGGAAAUGAUGGAUGUCGUUGAUAAGAAGCAUGACAACAAACUUGACCUUCCUCCAAAGAAGGCAGUUAAGACAGCCGAUAAAUCUCCCAAGCACCUCACUCAGCCUCAACCCUCCAAACCUGAGGAGGAUUUCGAGAUUGUUCCUGCCCCCGGCACAGAUUCCAGUGAUGACUCAUCCUCUGAUGAAUCUGACGAUGAUGACAUCAACAAAAAGGCCGAGAUAUUGGCAUGUGCAAAAAAGAUGCUGAGGAAGAAGCAGAGAGAGCAGAUGCUCGAUGAUGGCUACAACAGGUACAUGUUUGAUGAUGAGGGCUUGCCUGGUUGGUUUUUGGAGGAAGAGAAGAGGCAUCGACAACCGGUCAAACCAAUCACCAAAGAGGAGAUGAAUGCCAUGCGUGCACAGUUCAAAGAGAUCAACGCUCGGCCGGCUAAGAAAGUGGCACAGGCCAAGGCCAGAAAGAAGCGCGUAGCCAUGAGGAGGAUGGAGAAGGUCAGGAAGAAGGCCAAUGUGAUCUCGGACCAAACUGAGAUCUCUGACCGGUCGAAGAGUAAAAUGAUCGACCAGCUGUAUAAGAAGGCUGCACCAAAGAGGCCGAAGAAGGAAUUCGUAGUUGCGAAGAAAGGAGUUGCGGUGAAGGGAGGCAAAGGUAAAGUGGUUGUGGAUCGGCGGAUGAAGAAGGAUGUUCGUGGGAGCAAGAAGAAAGGGAAAGGUGGUUCGAAGAAGGGGAAGGAUGCCAGGAAAGGCGGUCAGAAAAGUAAAGGCUCUGCCAAGACGGGAGGGAACAAAGGCAGAAAGAUGUGAGGUAUGAAAACAGUGAACAGUCAAGAACUCGAUAGAAAAGCUUAAACCUUCUUCGGAAGGAUGAAUUUUUGAUGAAUCAAAUCCAGUUUUGUUUUAAUCCCCUCUUGUAAGUGGGAGGAGCAACUUUUUCCCCAACCUCUGUUCUUUGUGCUCAUGGUGUGUGGCAGAGACUAGAUGCUAUGAUAGCAUAAAUUUAUCCCUUCUUCAGUCUCUAGUUCUGUAUAAUCAAUUUUCUUCGCUUUGCUAGCUACUAUACCUAUUGCAUUAAGGGAUACGAAUUCAACGCGACCC